GUGUUUAAGUGGAUCUUUGGGUCUUUGCGUCGUUUUUUGGUGGAAAUUUGGAGUUGUUCUCAGUGAUGGAAUUUUAGAGGAUUUUUUUCGCCGUUUUCCUGAGGUGCUUGAAGGAUUUUUGGAGUCUUUGCGUCGUUCUUUGGUG